AUGGCCACCGACGCUGCCCCUCUUAUCUCGAACUAUCAUCUGUCGGCGCCCUCAAUGGGGCAGACUUUAUUCACUGCUUCUUCUCUGGGUCUUGAGCGUGAUGGCUUUGAUGGCACGACCGGCAACGCCGGCGCCUAUGGCGAUCAGACCCCUAUCGAACUCUUCAGGGAGAUCGCUGAUCGCCUUGAACGCAUGAGUCAAGCCCUGUCCUCUAAUGCCACCGGCAUCGCCGCCAAUUGUCAGAUGUUCAAGGAUAGUGCUGCUGUUGACCCAGAGCAGCGGAAGGCCGCCGGGCGUCUGCACACCAGUCUCACGAAUCUUAAUGAGACCGUCGAGAUCGAGACCGGUGCACUGAAGCGCGCAGUCGACCAGGGUUUCAAAGACCUUGGUGUUGCUCUGGAUGAAGAGCUGCAACUGACGAGGGACCUGAGUGCCGAGCUCAUCUGUUCUUUGCAGGCGAACAUCGAGCGCCGCCGAGCAGAGGAGGACGAUGACUGA